UCCAAAUCCUAAUGAGAUUUAGCUUUUGAUCAUUCUCAUUCUUUAAAACAAAAGCAAAUUGUAAAAGUUAUUUUUAUAAGUUGCACUCUAAAUUAAACAAGAAGAUGUGCAGCAAAAAGGCAUCACAAUAUCACAAAGUAGAAACACCUCCACCACAACCUUUCUUGAAAUCACUAAAGAACACUCUCAAUGAGAUCCUUUUCGCCGACGAUCCGUUUCGUAAAAUCAGAAACGAACCGAAAACGUCGAAAAAGAUCGAGUUAGGGUUGCGACACGUGUUCCCAAUCUUGGAAUGGGCUCGUGGUUACAAUUUGGGGUAUUUGAAAUCAGACGUUAUCUCAGGGAUCACAAUUGCUAGUCUUGCUAUUCCUCAAGGGAUUAGCUAUGCUCAGCUAGCUAAUCUCCCUCCAAUCCUUGGUCUUUACUCAAGUUUGGUGCCGCCGUUGGUAUACGCGAUAAUGGGAAGUUCAAGAGAUUUAGCGGUGGGAACAGUGGCGGUUGCCUCGCUGUUGACGGGAGCGAUGUUAGGGAAAGAGGUAAACGCGGUGCAGAAUCCAAAUCUUUACCUUCACUUAGCUUUCACCGCCACUUUCUUCGCCGGACUCAUGCAAACUUGCCUUGGCCUCUUACGGUUAGGGUUCGUGGUGGAGAUAUUGUCGCAUGCGGCAAUUGUAGGGUUCAUGGGUGGUGCCGCGACGGUGGUGUGUCUGCAGCAACUGAAAGGCUUACUUGGCCUCAUUCACUUCACUCAUUCCACCGAUAUAGUCUCUGUUCUCCGCUCCAUUUUCUCUCAAUCUCAUAUGUGGAAAUGGGAGAGUGGAGUGCUAGGGUGUUGCUUUCUCAUCUUCCUUCUUACAACCAAAUACAUUAGCAAGAAGAGACCAAAGCUAUUCUGGAUAUCUGCAAUGUCUCCACUUGUUUCUGUCAUUUUUGGAAGCCUUUUCAUGUACUUCCUCCAUGACCAUUUCCAUGGCAUUCCAUAUGAAGGGAUUGCAGUGGGGAGAAGCUUUGCAAUGUACAAGAAUUACAACAUAGAUGGGAACAAAGAGAUGAUAGCCUUUGGGGUGAUGAACAUUCUUGGUUCCUUCUCCUCUUGCUAUCUCACUACCGGGCCGUUUUCGCGUUCGGCUGUGAACUACAACGCGGGUUGCAAAACGGCGUUAUCAAACGUGGUGAUGGCCGUUGCAGUGGCGGUGACGCUACUGUUCUUAACGCCGUUGUUCUUCUACACGCCACUAGUGGUCCUGUCUUCGAUCAUAAUCACCGCCAUGCUAGGCCUCGUAGACUACGAAGCAGCCCUUCAUCUUUGGAGACUAGACAAGUUCGAUUUCUUCGUUUGUCUCUCUGCUUACUUUGGCGUUGUUUUCGGUACCAUCGAGAUUGGUCUCAUCCUCUCCGUGGGAAUAUCAGUGAUGAGGUUAGUGUUGUUCGUGGGAAGACCAAAGAUUUAUGUAAUGGGAAACAUUCAGAACACAGAAAUAUAUAGGAACAUUGAACAUUACCCUCAAGCCACCACUCUCUCUUGUCUCCUCAUUCUCCACAUCGAUGGUCCUAUCUACUUCGCCAACUCUAGCUACUUGCGAGACAGAAUUGGAAGGUGGAUCGAUGACGAGGAAGAAAAAUUGAGAACGAGUGGAGAAACCAGUCUACAAUACAUUCUACUUGAUAUGAGUGCUGUGGGAAACAUAGACACGAGCGGUAUAAGUAUGCUAGAAGAACUCAACAAAAUCCUUGGACGAAGAGAGCUCAAGCUAGUGGUAGCAAACCCAGGAGCAGAGGUGAUGAAGAAGCUAAGCAAGUCCAACUUCAUAGAGAGCAUUGGUAAAGAACGGAUUUAUCUCACGGUGGCAGAAGCUGUUGCAGCUUGCAAUUUCAUGCUCCACACAGCGAAACCCGACUCCCCCGUACCAGAAUUUAACAACGUUUAAGAUUUCGUACUGAAUCUCAUCUCACAUUUCUAAAGAGGUUUUUUUAUUGUCAUCAAGAUUAAGGAGUCUGUUCGUACCAAAAAUAAAAAAUAAAAAAAAAUAAGUCUGUUAUUUGAA